AUGCGCAGUGCGCGCACGUUAGGCCGUUGCUGUUGGAGCGGGAAUGCACAUAGCGGUUGAUUGACAGCAGCUCGUCUCUCACCUUUACUGGUCGUACAGCUGAAAUAACAGCGCAGCAUGCCUCGAGAAAUCAUCACCCUGCAGCUCGGACAGUGCGGGAAUCAGAUUGGGUUUGAGUUUUGGAAGCAGCUAUGUGCUGAGCAUGGCAUCAGCCCAGAGGGCAUCGUAGAGGAGUUUGCCACUGAGGGUACAGACCGGAAAGAUGUCUUCUUCUAUCAGGCAGAUGAUGAGCACUACAUCCCUCGUGCUGUGCUGUUGGACCUGGAGCCCCGAGUCAUUCACACCAUCCUGAACUCUCCAUAUGCCAACCUAUACAACCCAGAGAACAUCUACCUGUCUGAGCAUGGCGGUGGAGCCGGCAACAACUGGGCCAGUGGCUUCUCUCAGGGAGAAAAAAUCCAUGAGGACAUCUUUGACAUCAUUGACAGAGAGGCAGAUGGCAGUGACAGUCUGGAGGGGUUUGUGCUUUGCCACUCAAUCGCUGGGGGAACAGGAUCUGGUCUUGGGUCAUACCUAUUGGAGCGACUGAACGACAGGUAUCCUAAAAAACUGGUUCAGACUUACUCUGUCUUUCCUAACCAAGAUGAGAUGAGUGAUGUUGUCGUACAGCCAUAUAAUUCUCUUCUGACGUUAAAGAGACUGACCCAGAAUGCAGAUUGUGUGGUUGUGCUGGACAAUACUGCUUUGAACAGAAUCGCCACGGACCGGCUGCACAUACAGAACCCCUCUUUCUCUCAGAUUAACCAACUGGUGUCCACUAUAAUGUCAGCAAGCACAACAACCCUCCGUUACCCUGGAUAUAUGAACAAUGAUCUGAUUGGUUUGAUUGCAUCCCUCAUCCCUACUCCCCGCCUCCACUUCCUCAUGACUGGAUACACACCACUGACCACCGAUCAGGCUGUGGCGAGUGUGAGGAAGACUACAGUUCUUGAUGUGAUGAGGAGGCUCCUGCAGCCCAAGAAUGUUAUGGUGUCCACAGGCCGAGACCGUCAGACCAAUCAUUGCUACAUUGCCAUUCUCAACAUCAUUCAGGGAGAGGUGGACCCCACACAGGUCCACAAGAGUUUGCAGCGAAUCAGGGAGAGAAAGUUGGCUAAUUUUAUCCCAUGGGGUCCGAGUAUUCAGGUGGCACUGUCUCGCCGAUCCCCCUACCUGCCGUCAGCUCAUCGUGUCAGUGGACUUAUGAUGGCUAAUCACACCAGCAUCUCUUCACUGUUUGAGCGCACCUGUCGUCAGUAUGAUAAGCUGAGGAAGGAGGCCUUCCUCGAACAGUUCAGGAAGGAGGACAUAUUCAAGGACAACUUUGACGAGCUGGAUAACUCUCGUGAGGUGGUUCAGCAGCUCGUGGAUGAAUACCGCGCCGCCACACGUCCCGACUACAUCUCCUGGGGCACACAAGAGCAGUGA